AUGAAGGAAAACGACCAACAAUUUGAGCAGAACAAUACUGCAGAAGACGCUGUCAACACUGGAGUGGUUAAACGCAGACGUCUUCCUCUCGGCUGGAUUGAGAAGAAAGAGAAAAGAGGCUCCCGGUUUGCCAAGGAAGUCUAUCAGGAAGCAUUCACCUUUUUUGACCCAGAAGAAACUGGAGAAAUAUCCACUGAUGAUCUUUACGCAAUAUUUACAGCCUUCCGAAUGGAGCCGUCUGAAUUGGCUCUCAAAGAUCUUCUCUACGACAUUGACUUCGCCGGAACUGAGAGGCUUCAAUUGGAACAGUUUUGCUACCUCAUGGAUUGCCUGCUUAGCAAGAAAUCCAUGCAUGAAGAAAUUCAAGAUGCGUUUCGUCAGUUCGAUCGGGACAACGACGGACUCAUUAGUGCGUGGGAGCUGAAAAGAGUUCUAAGAGUGCUGGGUGAACAGGUGUCGGAGGAGAAGGCUGAGGAGAUGAUUGCAGAGCGGAGUCAGGGGGGCUCUGGCAAAUACCCACAACUGCCAGAUGUGUACGAAGGUGAUAUCAGGCGACCUGUGUUCAUGCUUCACUUGCUGUUCCAAAUUCCACUGGACCAAGGACUGUACCGGUUUCCCAAAAAUUUUCCUUGA